GCUUCUUUCUUUCUUUCUUUCUACCCGAAAUGUAACUUAUACGCUUCAGGAUUUCACAUGCGAACAUAAUCGAGUUCGCAGAGGAAACAAGGGACGGGAAAGAGUUCGUGAGUGGAAUCUUUUCCUGGAAGCAGCUUCAGGAUCCUCGGAGCAUGGGGGAGCAGCCCAUCUUCAGCGCCAGAGCUCAUGUCUUCCAGAUUGACCCGGCCACCAAACGCAACUGGCUGCCGGCCAGCAAGCACGCCGUCACCGUGUCCUUCUUCUACGAUGCCAGCCGCAGCGUGUACCGCAUCAUCAGCGUGGGGGGGACCAAAGCAAUCAUCAACAGCACCAUCACCCCCAACAUGACCUUCACCAAAACCUCCCAGAAGUUCGGCCAGUGGGCGGACAGCCGGGCCAACACGGUGUACGGACUGGGCUUCUCCACCGAGCAGCAGCUGCAGCAGUUUGCAGAGCAGUUUAAAGAGGUGAAGGAGGCGGCCCGCCUGGCCAGAGAGAAAUCCCAGGAGAGGUUUGAACUGGCCAACCCGGCCCUCAGCAUCGCAGCUCCACAGCGACAUUCACCCCCGCUGCUGACCGUUAAUGGGCCGGGCGAGGAGAAGCUGUUCCGCAGUAAGAGCGCCGAAGUGGAGCUGACGGCAGAGAAGGAGAGAGUGAAGAAGAUGCUGUCUGAAGGGUCCAUGUGUGAGAUAAACAUGGAGGCAGAACUCUUCACCCUGCAGGACAGUAACGCCAAACUGGUGGAGGCGCUGGAGGAAGCCAACAGCAGCGUGGAUGAGUGGAAGAAACAGCUGGCUGAAUACCAGGAGGAGACGGAUCGCCUGCGAGACCAGGUGGAGGAUCUGGAGGCCCAGCUGGGUCAUCCUGCUGCCACUCAGACUGGUCGAGAGGAGCUGAACCGCUCGCUGGAGGAGCUGGAGGCCCUGCUGAGCGCCAGAGACCAGGAAAUUCACAAUCUACAGAGCAAGAAAACAGAUGUGAGCGAGCUGGAGAGGGAGAGAGAAGAUGCCACUCAGAGACUGCAGGAUCUGGAGAGACGAAACACGGAGCUGGAGGACCGGGUUCAGAGCGCCGAGACCACGCUGGCCUCCCGCCGGGAGGAGCGGGAGCAGGCGGAGGUCGAGGUCCUACGCAUCAUCGAGGCUCUGGACGUCAAAAUCUGCGACCUGAAGGACCUGAGACAGAGCCUAGAGAAACUGGUUGACAAAUAGCCUCUGUUGGGCGGUUGGGCUGCAUCUCCACAGUCAGAGCCCGUCUCCUUCAUGUGGCCUUGAUUUGUGUUUCACUGAUUUCACAGCAGAGGAGGAAUCAAAGCAAUAUGAAUCAAAGGAGGGAGACAUACAGGCGUUUACCUUCAUGGAUCUGUUUUCUAGGAUCAGUGCAGGAAAACACACAAAUCAGAAACCUCUUACAGGUGCAGAAUAAUCCAUCUGCCCCAUGCAUCAUUGUCACUUUCACCUUGGGAUAAUUAUCAUAAUAUCAUAAAAGCAUAAUGAGGUUUGGUCUAAUUGACCACUGCUACUUGUUUUCCCAUGUCAUAAUUCCCACCAGCUGCACGUCCUUCAGUCCCUCAAUGCCUGAGGAGCAUGAAAUCAUUUUUUCAUCCUCCACAGUCACUGACAACUCUCUCAAAAUAGGUGAGGUCCAAUAGCUCUGGUAGAACAGCGCCCCCCCUCCUCAUUUUGAUGUCAUAGCAGCCGGAUAUGUAAGGUUAAAAUCUGACCUGGUUGUUAACAGAGUAAAAAGUACAGAGCAGAGGCAGAAGGACCCUUAAAGUCUUUUCAGGAGAGGUCUCAUGUUGUUAUGCUGAUUAAAGUGAUGCCUCAAAAUGCAUGAUCACUUCACAUAAAUACACACUUCUGCACAAAGCACCUUUUAAACAGGGAUUUGGUGUUUUGCAAAGACAUUUCCAACAGGUGCCGGAGCAUUUCCUACUUGCUCUUUAGUUUUUUUUUGUCUUAUCUAUUAUUAUUUAAUACAAAAUCUCUCAUGAUCUGCUUCUAAAUCUAUUAGCAUAUUAUUUUAUCGAAGGAAGAAGCGAGAGGAGGAGCCAGACUUGGGAACAAUCAAAAACUAACGGCCUGUCAAACUAACAGCAGGAGCUGCAUCAGGGAUGAGUGGUUGAAAAAUAAAGUUUUAUGGAACAAUUAUAUUUUAUACUUCUUCUAAACAUUAAUACUUAAUAAUUCCUGACACAUAGAAACCUCAGCGACUGUCCAUAAAGGAUUUUUUUCAGAGCAGUUUGGCAGAAGCUCAUUUUCACAUUAAACUAAUGAAGCAUACUGAUAAUAUAAAUUUAAUGUUUCUCAUGCUACUGGUGAAUCUUAAAAAGUGAGAGCUAUUGCAGCAAUUACUAAAUAAUCAAGAUAUACAAGAAACACAUCCUCUUCUGUACAAUAACAAGCUUCAGUUAAUUUGGGCUGUGGAGAUGCACCCAGCAGGAGUUUGGUUGUGGUAAGGACACAUGGAGGCAAAGACCCUGGAUACAGUCGGUUCCAGUUCACCAUCAGCAGCCUGCACUGGACCACUGCUCCAACAUCAACACAAGAGAAGCAAAACACAGCCUGCUCCCGUUGUGUUCUGAGGAUCUCCAGCUCAUGUUUCAUAAGGACUGCCUCUCUCUCUCUCUCUCACCUCUCACUCCAUCACUCCAUCAUUCAGGUCAAGGUGGGACAUCAAGCUGCAGCUGGUAGAUUGCUCCUCUCCACCGUCCUCUGACAGGUUGAUGCUGGCUUUUCCCAUCCUGAUGCUGAUGAGUUGAACCUGCUCUUGAAAAUGUCUGUGCCAACUUUAAUUUUGUCUACUUUGUUGUUUAGAAUUUUUUUUGUUGUUGUUUUGGUCCGUGUUCACACAAAUGAAUCUUGUUCUACUUUGUGUACUAUGUGUUUCACGACACUACAGAUUACCAUUAGAGUAAUAAUAACCCUGAGGCUUAGUGAAGCGGCAGAGCGUAGAUCAUUAGAGAGCACUGCAUGAGCUCUGCAGACGCCCCCCCACCUGCCAAGUAAAGUGACGCACGUUACUUAGCAGCGUGCUACCUCGAGUUAAAAAAGCACAACUGCAGUAGUUUUAGCGACUGGGUACUUAAUUGACUUGUCCGUCAAGCUUUGUAUGUGAACUUCUGACGCACACUAUCGAUCUUUGCUUCUCACCCUCGGAUGAGUUAUGGAUUUCUUCACAUGACGUAAUGUAGGUACAGUUGAGGUGCAGCUCCUCACAGCUGAUGACAAACAUCGUCCAAAUGCGAUCUAAGCAGGUCAGAAGACUAAAUCUGUCCAUGUAAUAAGUUUGCCGGAAACCGUUGUAGCAUUAUUACGCUGACCUGCCAUUAACACCUUGUACGGCUUCUAGCAUCGUCAACUGGUGGUGUAUUUAUUAUUACUCCUUCGCAGUUUCUUUGAGAUUUUCUAAUGUGCAGUUCCAAAUGUUCACCUCAGCCAUUUCAUCAAACCUAAUGCAGUAAUAAUGUUGAUGUUACUACAUUGAUCACUUUAUGGUUUUAAGACUUCAUCACUUCGACAGUUGCUACACUAUCUGGCAUUGUGGGCCUCAGCUGCUACAUGCAAGUAUAUCACUGAAUCAGCAAUACAUUUUUUUUUUGCAUAGAUGGCUUCUCAUUGUUGAUUCUAGUAAUAUGUAGGUUAUGACAUGUUAAUUUGUUUUAUCUCACGUCUUUAAAAGAUUAAAAUUUAUGGUUAUCGGCUUUUUAUCAAACACAGAGAAGAUUCAGACGUUAGUGGCUCCUCAGCACCAGCUCACCGUUACUGUCAAACACUCAGCUUCACAGCAGCCUUAUUCCAGUGUAUAGUUACCACACAGCCGCACGUGAAUACCUUAGAAGUUUCUGUUUAAAGAGAAAGAGGAAAUGAGCUCUGCCCCGUAUCUAGACUCAACUUACCGCUGAUCUCCAAGAAAAGAUUCUUCCUUUCAAGAUCAAUGGAUGUAUACGUUAAGAGGAAAAGCACAUUAGUGUUUACAGUACACUAUACCAUCAGGUGUGUUCCACUUUAACCUUAAAACACUAGUUACAUCGUUAGUAUUAGUGUCUCUACAAGUUUAGACGACAAAUCCACCUCAUAUUUAAGAAUAUUUGGGAGCAGGCUUCUGGUGACAUUACACUUCGUAAUGACUUUCUGGCAGAAAUAACAAACCAUUACACUUAAGUAUAGCUCAUUGUAACUUCUAAUAUGGAUUUGAUAGCAAAAGGGUUUGUGCCUCUUAUUAGGACCAUUACAGAACACAUGGUUGGAAAUAAAGGAAAUCACAAGCUCAACAGGCCACAAAACUAAAUAUACACUGGAAUAAUGAGCUUCAUAAUCUGUGUUGCCAGCAGUAACAAAGAUGCACCAGUCAUUCCACAGCCACAUUAACUGGAAUAAACACUUACGUAUUUUGCUGGACUUUCAUCUACUUUAUUAUUAAAUUUAGUUUUUUUCUUUAAUUGCUCAUUGUCCCACAACAUCUGACCGUUCAUUAAGAUGCUAAAUACCUCAGAAUACUUCACUUAGUUUCAUUGAAGUACUGGUAAACUCAACUGGUGUCGACAAGGCCACAAGAAUUUCUGAAUUUGAGGUGAGCGGGUGUUUGUAUGGGAUCUGACUGUGAGAUGUGUUCCUUAUAUUUGUACAAUAUAUGUUUAAACAUAAAA